GUUGUCACGCAUAUACCAUGUCUCAUGUCACUGGCACGAAGAAAUAGCCAUCAACCCUGGUUAUCUAGCCAUGUUGCCUAAUCCUAUUCUCUGUAUCGUCUUUAUUCCCACCAAGUAGGCUGACAGUUUUUCCCCCUCGGCCAUGUAGCGUCUCAUCCGCUUUCUAGCUACAGAUGGUCACAUUUACUAUGGUGAUGCCAUUAUGCCCACUGGUGUCAGUGACAUUGGGAAAGCGACUAGGGCACAGGUGAUUCAGGGGGAUAUUUUUGGCCAGCAUCAAGUCACAAACCAAGUGGCUGAGGUUAAAACGCUCCUCGCACCAUUGGCGAGGGAGGACGUUGCGACGGUGCGCUGUUUGGGACUGAACUAUGAGCAGCAUGCGAGAGAAUCCAACCUCCCCAUCCCCAAGUAUCCGGUCCUCUUUUACAAGCCCAUCACAGCCAUUACUGGUCCGCAUGAUGAUAUCCCCGUAUGUUCUAUGGCGCAAGAUGGGGAGGGACUGGACUAUGAAUGUGAGUUAGUUCUUGUCAUUGGCAAAGAAGCCAAGAAUAUUCCUGAGGAGCAUGCUUUGGAUUAUGUACUCGGGUAUGCUGUAGGAAACGAUAUUUCCCAUCGUGAUUGGCAGCUCAAACGUGGCGGAGGACAAUGGGGGUUGGGCAAAGGCUUCGAUGGUUGGGCACCUUUUGGACCAGGCAUCGUCUCUUCAAAGCUGAUCCGCAAUCCCAACGCCCUAAAUAUCUCAACUAAGGUCAAUGGUCGAACGGUCCAGUCAUCAUCAACUAAAGAUAUGAUAUUUGGGGUCGCCAAGAUGGUGUCAUUUCUCUCCCAAGGCACCACUCUACUGCCUGGUGACCUAAUUUUCACCGGAACGCCACAGGGUGUUGGGAUGGGCCGGAAACCUGCAGCUUGGCUUACAAAUGGCGAUCAGGUUGAGGUCUCUCUGGAAGAUGUGGGUUCGUGCGUUAACCGAGUCGCCUUUGAAAAGCCAUCAUCUAAGCUAUGAAAGAGACCGUUUAGAAUUAGAUGAAUCUUUAGCAGGUACUACAAGACUGGAAAGAUUUGCCUUGUCUGCCGUGGAAACAUGAUCGCUAUGGAU